UACAUUGAUGACACCCUACCUGCUGAGUCGCCCUACCUGUACGGCCUUCACCCCAACGCUGAGAUCGGCUUCCUGACACAAACCUCUGAGAAGCUUUUCCGCACCGUGCUGGAGAUGCAGCCCAGAGACGGGGGCGUCGGCGAGGGAGGAGGGACAACACGAGAGGAAAAGGUGCGUGCCGUGCUGGAGGAGAUCAUGGAGAAGCUCCCGGAGGAGUUCAACAUGGCCGAGCUGCUGGGGAAGGCGGAGGAGAGGACUCCCUACCAGGUGGUGGCGCUGCAGGAGUGUGAGCGCAUGAACCUGCUGACUCAGGAGAUCAGACGCUCCCUCCGCGAGCUCAACCUGGGACUCAAGGUGAGAAAACUGAGAUCUAUGCAGGGGAGCUCUAAGAGGGGAUCACGUCCAAAAGAAUUUAUGCAACUGAGAGAAAUGUAA